GCGGUUUGCGCAUGCCCAAAACAUUGGUGCCUGAAAAAACGAAAACACCCAUCAGAACCUGGUACGUGACCAAAUUGAAGUGUUUCAGUUGGAUUUUUUACAAAACAUGGAAGAAAAAAUAUCAAAAAUUGUAAACUUCCUUACAAGCGGGGAAUAUCCACAAGGCUUUUCCAGAUCACAGAAACAAAACCUUAGAAGGCUGAGUGAAAAAUUCUCUGUGCAAGAUGGAAAGCUAUUUCAUAUUUCCAAUGGUAGAGAGCGCAAGGUGCUAACAACAGUACUGGAAACGCAAGACAUUUUCAAAGAGUGCCAUGUGUCUGCAGCAGGUGGCCACAACGGCAUUGUCAGAACCAGAGAAGCAAUAUCUGCACGAUUUUAUUGGCCAGGAAUGUCGAAAGACAUUGAGAAAAUGGUAGAACAAUGUGAAACAUGUCAGGAAGGUGGAAAAUCCAUUCGAAAUAAUCCAGAACUUGUCAAGGUAGAACAAUUAGAAAAAUUCCAAGAAGACAGAAAUUUUCUUCAAACUGGCACAGAUAUGCAGAGUGCUGAGCAACCUGUUCACUUCAUGAAUCCAGGACCACAUCUUCCCAUAACAUUACAUAGGAGCAUUCUGAGGAUGGGAGAGGAACCUGCAAUUAGUCGCUGUACGACUUGCUGUAAACUGUUUCAUUGCCCUUUCUGCAACAUGAAUAAGUUUAAACCAACUACAGAAAAGCAUGUGAAGAAGCACAUAGACAUACAUUUUAAAAAGGCAUUAUGCUUUGAGGACUUUGUUAUUUUUACAUGCCGCUUGGGUUGUCGAGAUGCUGGUCACUUCCACUGUAUUUUUUGUGCAAAGACAACUUUGAGGAAAAAGACUGCUUUGAUCCAUCUUUCUAUUUGCAAAAAGCGCCUGGUACAAACCUUGGCCAAGUCUGCUGACUGUAUUCCAAAAGUUUCACCUUUGGAGAGCAUGAAGAUAGAAUCUCCAGAGGACCUCUCACUGCCGCCCAUACCAGAGACAGACUACCCUGUUCACAUGGUGGAGGCAGACUGGUCUGACUGCAGAACAGAAAAAGAACCUUCUCCCCAAUUCCAGAUCAUGCUUGUUCCUGGCUUGUCGGCUUUAUUGCACAGGCAAUACAGCCUUUCCAUUUCCUCGGAUUUGUUCCGCACUCAGUGCUUCAUCGGGGGACGCUGGGUGUCCGCUCCUUCUUCCUUCACUGUUCUGGACCCGGCAACCGGCACUGAGAUAGCUCAUGUCUCGGACUGCGGUCCUGGCGAAGCCGAAGAAGCCAUCGGUGCUGCUCACACGGCCUUUCAGUCAUGGAAACAGCACUCGGCGAAGGAAAGAAGCGUUCUGCUAAGAAAUUGGUAUGACUUGUUAAUACAAAAUAAAGAGGAUCUUGCCAAGCUCAUAACUGCGGAGUGUGGAAAGCCAAUGAAGGAGGCCUUAGGUGAAGUGGUGUACUCUGCCUCUUUUCUGGAGUGGUUUUCUGAAGAAGCCCGGCGUGUCUAUGGAGACAUCGUCCCCUCUUCAGCAAAGAACCGCAAAAUUCUCGUGCUCAAACAGCCGGUGGGAGUAUGUUCAAUCAUAACUCCGUGGAAUUUCCCCAGUGCCAUGAUCACGCGGAAGGUGGGCGCAGCGCUGGCGGCAGGCUGCACAGUGGUGGUGAAGCCAGCCGAGGACACCCCACUUUCUGCCCUCGCCCUGGCUGAGCUGGCUGCGAGGGCAGGGAUACCUGCAGGAGUGUUCAAUGUGGUCCCCUGCUCCAGAGAGAAGACCCCCACAGUGGGGGAGGUCCUGUGCACUGAUCCUCGGGUGGGAAAGAUCUCUUUCACUGGCUCCACGGCCACUGGAAAGAUCCUUCUGAGGCAUGCAGCUGGAACAGUGAAGAGAGUAUCUAUGGAACUGGGUGGCCUUGCCCCCUUCAUCGUGUUUGAUAGUGCCGAUUUAGACCAGGCUGUGGCUGGAGCGAUUGUCUCAAAGUUCAGAAAUUCCGGGCAGACCUGUGUGUGCUCCAACCAAUUCCUGGUGCAGAGUAAGAUCCAUGAUGAGUUUUUGGAAAAGCUGGGGAGGGCCAUGGACAGAGAGCUCCGACUGGGACAUGGAUUUGAGGAGCAGACCACACAGGGACCACUCAUCAAUGUCCGGGCAGCUGAGAAGGUGGAGAAACAGAUUGAGGAUGCUGUGACUCAUGGGGCACGUGUGCUGAGAGGAGGGAAGCGUUUGGAAGGCUCCUUCAUGGAGCCCACUCUGCUGUCCAGCGUCACCACGGACAUGCUGUGUGUCAAAGAGGAGACGUUUGGGCCCCUUGUUCCUGUCAUCAAGUUUAACACUGAAGAAGAAGCAAUCACAAUCGCUAAUUCCGCCUCUGUAGGUUUAGCAGGUUACUUCUACUCCAGAGACAUCAGUCAGAUCUGGCGGGUGGCGGAGCACUUGGAAGUGGGUAUGGUGGGGGUGAACGAGGGCCUGUUAUCAGCCCCAGAAGCCCCAUUCGGUGGAGUCAAACAGUCUGGCCUGGGGAGAGAAGGAUCCAAGUAUGGAAUUGACGAGUAUAUGGAUGUUAAGUACAUGUGCUUCGGUGGGCUGUCUGCUUAAAUACUACUGUCAAGCCAGGUAUUUCCCAUGCUGUCUGAUCAAGCAUUCCAUAACCGUUAACCUACGUUUUUAGAAAGGAAUUCUAUCAGCAUCCUAUCAGCAGACAGAGGUGGGAAUCUUCAUAGAGAUGUUUCUGUAUUGGUCUGACUCUGUAAACAGUAAUUUGUGAAGAGAAGCUUUGUAAUAUUUACACAAAAUCACAGGGGGUAUAAGGGAAUGUGCACUUUUUAAUUUAGCACAUUCAGAUGUUUAUAGCCUUUCAUCUUAUAUUAUUGGCAUUAAAAAUAACUUUCCUAUUGCACCAGAAAUUCUGAAGACUACUGAUACAAUAUUCAAAUAAAAAAGCCAGAGAGGAUGCUUUGCUUCUUUCUGUACAGCUGAGGUUUAGAAUGUUUUGUAUUAUUUAAUUUAAUGCAUUUAGCACUGUUGUACCUUGGUCUCUGGAAAAGGUGUUCCAUUGCUUAGUCAAUGGAAUUCGAAUUGAUCAUUGUGGAAAGUAAAGAGUAGUGAUAAUUAAGUUAUAAAACAAGAAUCUGAGACAAUUGCCUUCAAAUGCAGUAUGCUUUACAACACAAGUACAAUGUCAGAAAGAAAAACCAUAAGGGAUGGUUCCUUUGAAAGCUGUUUCCCUGAAAGCACACAGGAUCUGCGACUAUAACACUAUGAUCGGAGUAGUGUCAAACAUUAUAAUUGUUCACCUGGCUCAUGAGCUCAUCACCCAGUGCACUACAGACAUUAAGGUUUUAGGGAUUAUUAGGGAAGAUAAUAGCAAUUGGGCUUGUCAGCACACUUGCAAACAUCCUAUAGUUUUUUGAUGGUUAUAGGCUGUUACCUUAGUGGGACACGAUAUGAGCGUGGUUUUGUAGUUGCCCCUUUCUUCCUUAUAAGCAUGUGAGCAAGUGGAAUCGAAAAGGCAGGACAGCAGGGCUGCAAGCUCACACUUUAUCGACCUUAAUAAAUAACAGGUGUUUGCUAGUCACUGAGAGAGACUGACAGAGAACAGGAGAGUGUGUCCCAGCUGCAACGCAGAAUGCUAUAGUUCCUCCAACUGUUGGGGUACCUUAGAGUCCAGGGGUGGACUGGCAGUCUUCUCUGGCUUUGAGCAUGAUGAGGGACCCUGCAGAGGGUGGGACAGCAAAGGGCGACUCAUCCACAAUAACAGCCCUGUGGGAGUCUGGCGUGGUCUCGUCUGCAGUUGCGAUUUCUGAGAAAAGCAGUUGGGGGUGCCUCGUUCUCAAGGAGGGGGAAUUGAGCUGUGAGAAUGCAAUUCCCUCUUUCCUCUUAUGGCUGCUUGUUCUUGAUAGGGAGCUAUCUGGUAUCAGUGGAGUACAACAAAAUGGUCCCAUGGCAAUUGGCAGAGACAGUAGCUGGCCUCACUCUCUAUCUCAAUAGUGAAAGGCCCAAUCCACGUCUGUCCGUAAACCCAGACUUUCAGUCCUCAGUCUUGAGGACCCUUGUGGCAUUACAGCCGUCUUCCACACCUUGUGUGAUGUACUGUAUCCCCAGUAGAAGGAUAGGGGGAGUCAGUGGAGGGUCUUGGUAAUUAAUUAAAGGUAUUUUUGUAGCCAAAGGCUUGGCUAGAACAAACCUAGCAGUUGUAUAGUCCUCCGCAUCCAGGAUAAGGACCCUCUGUUCUAGAAGCUUCAAGAAUGCCUCUUAGGAAAGGCUUGGUGUGACACAGAGAUCACUUGAAAACGUGGAUGUAGAAGAAGUGUUCAACAACCAAGAUAAAUUUAAGUUUGUAGUACAGUAUUUAACUUACAGAAUAUACAUUUUAAGUUGGUAUUAAAUUCCAGAAUUGCAGAAAAUAAUGCAGCUUACUAUUUUUAAUGUGUUUAUUUUAUUAAAUAUAUUUUAGUUAAAUUGAGCAUUAAGACUCUUGGCAUGAUCUGUUCACCUCUUCAUAUACAUGUAGUUGUUUUCUAACAGUCUUCUUGUGGUAUAGUGAAAAACAGCUUGAAGUAUAACAGUUCCAGAUAUUGUAAGAAAUUAGGGUUUACUCUUAAGAUUUAGAUAUGAAAACCCUAAGAAACCCUUCCUGACGUGUCUCCCAUUACUGUAAAACCUUCCUUAAAAUUAAUUAGAGCAAAGACUUUAUCUGCAAAUUAAAAAUAGAAACUGCUUUCUAAAUUGCCAAGAUUGAGUAUCACUGUUGCUACAUCCAGGUCUAACACUGUGUCUGUCAGCAAUAUUGUUCUUAGUUAUAAAGAGUUUUAUUGUAUAAAGUAAAUUUGUAUUUGUUGUAUAUAUUUAAUGUGGAGUAAUAAUAAAAAACAGUCCCAAGAUUA